CGCGCGCUUCUGCUCAUUUAGUGGUGACAUUUGAAGUGAUUGGUCGCAUAACCUAAGUGUAGAGUGAAAAAUAUUUUAUUUUUACAAAUAAAUUCCAAGAUUGUUAGAAUAAAUGGAAAAUAUUCAAAGCAAAAAUUCUGUUACAUCAGAAGAAGGAACAGCACAGGAAAAUCAUUAUGUUCCGGAAGAAGAGAAAGUUGAAAAGACGCUUCUCAAUGUUGAAAUACUCGAUGAUGCACCAGCACCAGUUUAUCAAAUACGUCCGCAUUUACACGAGAAAUUUAAGCCUAUGAGUGCUAAAGAAGUUAUACAUACCGUAUUAUUCGAUCAGCUUUCUGAAAAAACUUAUAAUGCUCAAGAUGCUAUUCAAUGGACUAAAGAUAUAGCAGAUAUAAUUAGAGAAAAAAUUAAAGAAUUAAAUUUUAAUCGUUAUAAAUAUAUCGUAAAUGUGGUUUUGGGUCAACAAUAUGGUGCUGGUGUAAAAAUGGGAACAAGGUGUAUUUGGGAUGCAGAAGCAGAUACAUAUGCAUAUGAUAGUUUCUUAAAUGUAAGGGUGAUAAUUAAUUUUCAUUUUUUAAAUGAUUGUACAAUUACAAUAUUUGGUUAGAAAUAUAAUUAUAGAUAGAUAGAUAGAUAGAUACAUUUUCAAAUAAGAAUAAACACUGUUAAGGAUACAAUAUUUAGUAUUUUGUUAUCAAUGAAAAAGAUUUAAAAUAUUUAAGAAUAAAUGUCUUAAAAAUAAUUAGAUAAGUAUAAGAUACAAAUAUAAUAACAUUUUUUCAGGAUACAAUAUUCUGUGUGGCUACUGUGUACGCUGUAUAUUAUUAUUAAAAAAUGUUUACAUAUUUUCAAGUAUGAUGCCAGAAAUAUUUAUUAUGAUUGUAGGAUUUUAAAAUGAUACGAAUGGUGGAAGAAUAAAUAUAUUAUUGAUUUAAUGGAA